AUGUCGGCCGCACCGGCCGACGGCGACUCCGACGUCGAUGAUGGUUUCUACGAGCGCGCCCCUAGCGACGAAAACGACGAAAACGACGCGUCCAGAGCGAGAGAUUCCGGAAGUGAUUGGAGAGAAAUUCUCUCAACCGUCGACGUCACGCGCGCGAUGGACGAGGUCUUCGGAAGAGCGAGCGGUGCGUCCGGGGAUGGACUUUCAAUGGGCGUGCGCGCGCCCACGUGGGCCGAGGACGCGCGCGCGGAGGCGGAGCAGAGGGAGGAGCGGCGGUUCGAGGCUGACUUGGCGGCGGCGAUCAGCGCGUCGUUGGGAGAGAAGCAGAGCGCGACUGAUGACGGUGGAAGAGGGGAAAGCGGGAUGAUGGAAGAGGAACGCGCUAUGUUGGAGGCGCGGCGGCAGAGUUUGCGAGAGCGGUUCGGGGGUUCGGCCAUGGCGGAGCGGUUUUACUCGCGGUAUUCGCUGAAUUUUUCAGAGCGCCUGGCGGAUGGCUUCUAUAGCAUUUAUCCGAAUCCAGUGGAUGGCACGUUUCCGAAGACGUUCGAUCUCGAGUCCCUGCGCGCGUUCGUCGCCGAUGACGGCGAGGGCGAGCGUGAGGUGUCGAUUGUGGACAGAAGCACGGAUCUUUUAUUGCAAGAGUUUGACGCAGAGUGCUUUGAUUUAAUAGGCCACAUCGAUGACAGAUGCGAUGCUUCUCCAGAGCUCGCUCGCCUCGUAGCCGAGAGAAUGGGUGGUCCUGCGGAGAGCGACGAGACGCUACGAGAGCGAUGGGAAGUCGAGCGUCGACGACUCAGCAAAGAGCACGGCGGCGCUGUUUUUCCCAUUGGUUCCAUCAAGGUUGGUUUGCAACGUCACAGGGCGCUUCUCUUUAAGAGCGUGGCGGAUUUCUUAGAAAUCCCGUCGCAAAUCGUGCGCGGAAAGUACUACUGCGGUCACGACGACGGUGUGAUGAUCAUCGUCAUGUGCGGCGGAAUGAAGCGCAUGCUUAAUCUGAUGGAUUCGCCCGGCCGCAUGCAGCAGCCGUUCAACUCCGACUCAAAGACUCCUUCAGUGUACUCCGACAGCGGUCGCAUGUCUCCAGACAACACCGCCGACGCUGGUCACUUUGGCGUCAUGCCGCAGGAAAACUUGCCAUCGCACGAGACGAAGGAAACGCCUCUUCGAUUGCAAAUCGCUGUCGACUUGACCAUCGAUCCCUCGCAAAUUUUACUCGGCGAGCGCAUAGGCAUCGGCUCCUUCGGAGAAGUCCAUCGCGCGCUCUGGCGCGGAACAGAGGUUGCGGUGAAAAGAUUCCUUGAUCAGGAUAUUUCUCGAAAUCUUCUCGAUGAGGUGACUUUUGAGAUCGAUAUCAUGCGAAGGCUGCGGCAUCCGAACGUCGUCCUACUCAUGGGCGCCGUCACUGUGCCUGGGAACUUAUCAAUCGUGACCGAGUUCUUGCAUCGCGGCUCUCUGUUCAAGCUGUUACAUCGAGAGCAACCUCCUGCCGUCGCGGCCGCAUUGGACAAUCGGCGAAGAAUGCGUAUGGCCAUGGAUGUCGUUCGCGGCAUGCACUACUUACAUUCGUUCGAACCGAUGAUUGUUCACCGAGACUUGAAGUCGCCAAACCUUCUUGUUGACAAGUCAUUCGUCGUCAAAGUUUGCGAUUUCGGUUUGUCUCGCAUGAAGCGAAACACCUAUCUCAGCUCGAAGACGAACGCCGGAACUCCUGAGUGGAUGGCGCCCGAGGUACUGCGCAAUGAAGCCAGCGACGAGAAGGCUGACGUUUGGUCCUUUGGGGUCAUUCUCUGGGAAUUAGCUACCGUUCUCGAGCCUUGGCAGGGACUGAACCCGAUGCAAGUCGUCGGUGCGGUCGGAUUUGCUGGGAAGCAGCUCGAGAUUCCCUCAGACGUCGACGAGGUUAUUGCGAACAUGUGCCGAGACUGCUGGCAAACAAAUCCGCGCGAGCGACCGAGUUUUGAGCACCUCGCAGAGUCGCUCCGCUCCGUGCCACUCGCGCCAAGUCUCCCGAGCGACCCCCCGAGCAGAGAACGUUCGCGUCUCACGGUCCCCACGGUCCCCCCGGUACCCGAAGAAGCUUCGAAACCCAAUCCGGAUGAUUGGUCGGACGACCGCUUUCGCGUCUGA